AUGGACCAUCUAGGAAUUGUCACACACUGUGACCAAGAGAAAAGGUACGAAUUGUAUUUAACGUUACUGGUGGUAUUUUCCUGGAACUCUGUCCUGUCCCAGCUAAACAGCGUAUAUAAUGGCGUUUCAACAUUUGACAGAGAUUACGGUAGUAAGUCGAAUGAGUGCGCCCUCAUCUUCAAGCGAACUAGCGGCAAUCUUCUUGGUAGGACGCCAGCGCGCACUUACGAUGGAUUUUUAAAUUUCUUAAAACCUGGACCGUUCCGUUCAACUGAUCUUGUGGAAGACACUUGUAUUCGCUAUAUCGAUGUUAACCGUGCUCUUGCUGAAGCUAAGCGCCAGAGAGGCUACACACAACCGUCGACAAUCAACUCUUUGGAGCCACUUCCUCCACACAUCGAUAAAACAGCAGAGCUGGUGUUAACUACCACCCGGAUAUUAGCUAGGCAAUUUCAGCUUUCUCCUGACGAGAUUGUCAAUGGUCUACCAAUGAUCGACACUUCACGCACAGACAUCUGGGAAGUAUGCCCUGCCCAUGUGAAGCCCAUGCCCUGCACCACUGAGAGGUAUCGAACUUACACAGGAGUGUGUAACAAUGUGCAUCACACCAGCUGGGGAUCGACUCACACCCCUUUUGUCAGGCAACUUCCACCAGUUUACAAAGAUGGUAUUUCUGAGCCGCGUGUUUCAGUGGUGGAUGGAAGCCCUCUUCCUCCUGCUAGGAUGGUGAGUGCUUAUAUCCAUCGGGACUAUGAUUAUCCAUCCAGUGACCUCUCCGUCUUACUCAUGUCAUGGGGUCAGUUUAUUGACCAUGAUAUGACUCUUGCGGCACCACCUAGAGUAGAUGAGAACGAUCUAGACUUUGUUUGUUGUGGGAUUCCUAAAGAACAGCAGCACCCUAACUGUAUGACCAUUGACAUUCCUCCUGCUGAUCCAUUUUAUACCCACUAUGGACAAACGUGCAUGGAAUUCAAACGUGUGCUCGCUGGACACAGACCUGGCUGUACUCUUGGCCCAAGAGUGCAUAUUAAUCUUCUUACCCAAGCACUAGAUGCCAACUUUCUGUAUGGUUCAACAGAAAAAUUGGCUAAAGAACUGAGGCUUGGUAGAGGAGGGCUUAUGCGUGUAUGGGACUAUUUUAGCGAUUACGGACUAAAGCCACUUUUGCCUCCUUUGUCUUCUACCCCGGAGAAAGAUUGUACCGCUCGGCCAAAACAUUUGUUUUGUUUCAAUGGCGGCGAUGAGCGAGCUAACGAACAAAUUCAUCUGACUGUCCUGCAUACAAUGUACUUGCGUGACCACAACCGUUUAGCUACCGAACUUUCUCGACUGAACCCGCAUUGGGACGACAAUAAGAUAUAUCACGAGACACGGCACAUCAUGGCGGCCGCCUUGCAACACAUCACUUACUAUGAGUUUUUACCCAUGGUUCUCGGACAAGACAUGAUGUCGCGAUACAAUUUGACUCUAAAAACUCACGGCUAUUGGAACGGUUACGACCCUGAUGUGCACAUGGGAAUGUCCAAUAGUUUCCAGUCUGCCGCUUUCCGAUUUGGACACACUUUUAUCCAGGGUAUGAUUCGGAGAUACAACAAACAUCCAGACGAUAUUGAUCUUUGGAGUGGUGGAAUCUCAGAGCGCCGUCUACAGGGAAGUUUAAUUGGACCCACCUUCGCCUGUAUUAUAGCUCGUCAGUUCACAAAUGCUAAAAAAGGAGAUCGUUUUUGGUACGAAAACUCGGGUUUUCCGUCUGCCUUUACUCUAGAACAGCUUCAAGAAAUUAGAAAGUCGAACCAGGCCAAAAUUCUCUGUGAGAAUGCUGAUGAUUUGCCAACCAUCCAGCUUUACGUCAUGAGACUCUCUCACCCCAUCUACAAUCCCCGCAUGCGCUGUGAGGAUAUCCCAUCAAUUGAUCUCCGUUUCUGGCAAGAAGAUCCAAUUCAAGGCGGUUAUCCCUUCAAGAAGUAA